AUACACUCUCAUGGAUCUCAACAGAAACAAAGUGAUUGACAUACAACUUGUACAGAAAAAUGUGGUAGGUGGCAGCUAUCAUAUGGAACUAGAAGGACUUAAGUUGGGAGUGGCUGCAAUUGGAAUGGAGCAACUAAAAAUCCAAGCUCUUGUGACUGACAGGCAUGCACAGGUUGCCAAAUGGAUCAGAGAGAACCUAAAAGACAUUCAACAUUAUUAUGAUGUGUGGCAUGUUGCUAAAAGCCUUGGAAAAAGAGUAAGAGCCAUCGGGAAAGAAAAGGAUUGUGAAGUGGUGCAGGAGUGGGCAAGAAGUAUUAACAACCAUGUUUAUUGGGUAGCUUCGUCCACACCUAGUGGAGAUCCAAAUGAAAUGCUUGGGAAGUUCAUGAGCUUAAAGAACCAUAUUCAGAACAUUCAUACUGGGCAUUCAGAGCACUUCCCAAAUUGCCUUCAUCCUCCCAUACAGGAAAGAAAUAGGAAGAAAUGGCUAAAACCAGGGUCAAAGGCAUGCAAAAAAUUGUCCGAUCUUCUAGAAAAACGUCACUUUCUAAAGGACAUACAAAAGCUUAGUCCACAUCGGCAGACAUCGGGUGUAGAGGCAUUCCAUGGGACUAUAAUUCACUUUGCUCCCAAAAUGCUGGUGUAUUCCUAUAAUGGCAUGUUUACCAGGUAAGAGUUAAGCUCCAUCUACACUAUCAAACUGUAUGUGCAAGAAAAAUGUGAUAUGACAU